AUGGCUCAAAAAAUUGGAAGUGGCUACUCGUCACUGGUGAACCAGCUAAAAACGCGAGUCGAACACCUCAACCGGGACAGCAUGAAGUCUCCCCGCAGGGCUGGAAAACAACCAACAACUUCGACCUCAAGCUCUACAACAAAAAGACCUUCAGACCAGUAUGGAUGCGUACAGUGGCAGCCUGCAUGUCCUACUGGACAGUCUGAAGAAAGCCUGAGGGAGAAGCAAAAAGAAUUGCUGGAGCUACAUUCAAGAGAGGGUCCCAUGGGAGCUGAAAGAGGAGUCGUACAACAGCUGAUGAAAGAGACGUACUACCUCCAGCGGCAGGCAAUUAAUGCUCACCCACCACCAACAAUUGCUCAGCUCAAGGGGGAUUGGCCGUACCUCUUUGUACAAAAGCAACUGUACCUUCACUUCAAUGAAUUGACCGACAUACCAAUCCUGGAAAAAUUGGAGGCAGCAAUACAAGAAAAAGGGAAAAUGAUCCUUCAGUUUUUCCGUCAGAAGCCAUCCAAUUCAGAUGUGAGACAGGUUCUGUCAAGAUUUGAUGGCAGUGGAUCGACUGGGCUGGCGCCAUGUGUUGUCCUGUGCUUGCUGGCACACUUCAAGGAGGAAAGAGAGGCACUGCUGCUGCAAGUCGAGGGAGCUUCUGCACCUGCUGAUGUGGAGAGAUUGGCCUUACCAGACACACCCAGAUUGAUUACUCAGGGAGAGGCAAUGGACACAUGGAUGCUGAGUGUGGAGAGGCAGGUGCUUAUACCCCCUCGGCCAAACUUCACUGCAGGCCUUGCAGCGUUAUUUGCUUCUUUCUACAACUUCAACCUGGAAUACCAGGAAAAGGCAGCGUGCACCUUGGAGUUCAUUCAGAGGUAAA